UAAAAGCCACUGUAAAUCUACAAUACAUAACCAAACCACAAAAACAUCCCUCCAUCAGCUUCUCCAUCCUCACGCCAGAUAGAUUCACUGAACAUUUGUGAACAGUGCAACUCCACAUGUGGCGUCACACUGUUCACACAUCUAUCAAUUUUAUAUGAUUAUUUCUCUUCUUUCUCUCACUUUAUUCCUCUUUCCCGUCACUUUCUUCCUCUUGCCGGUAGUCUCUCCAGGAAUUAUAGGCGAGCUCAUCGUUGCUGGCUUGGGAGUUGGAGAUCUCGACAGUGACGACUGCCGGAUUGCCGAGCUGGUACACGUCCUUGUCCGUCUGGAGCUUCAGAGUCGGCCGGAGCUGGAGCGAUCUAGCGAGCUCGUCGUUCGUCGUUACUGGCUCGGGGGUUGGAGAUCUCAACAGUGCUGGCUAGAGGAACCGACGGAACCCCAGCGGCUGGUCGGUGGAAACCAUGGGAAGUUUCUGGUAUUUCAGUGGAAACCAUGGGCCGCCGACAGAGAAGAUUCACCUCAGAGCAAACAGUGCUUAAAAAAGCAGAAGAAGAAGAAGAAGAAGAAGAAGAAGAAGAAGAAGAAGAAGAAGAACCUCUGUGUUUUCUCUGUGAUAAUUCUGCAUUUGUUUGAUGAAAUGGCAGAGGUGAUUUCGGGUUUGUGGAGAGGAGUGGGCAUGAGUUUUUAACAAAAAUAAUAAUAAAAAAUAUUAAAAAUGAUUAUUUUAAUAAAAUAGAUAUAAAUUUAGAUCAUUUGAUGGAGGAUAGUUUUAAAAGUUGUUAUGUAAACUAGCAAAAAACAAGUUUGAUAAUGUAAAAUAGAUUGAAAUUUACAUAAUCUGCUGGGAAUGCUCUAACGGCUUUAUUCUUACAAAAUUAUUGAUUGAGAGGAUAUGUCGGUUGUGCACUUCAAAGGCAAUACCCAUGAAAUUUCUUUUAUGUUUGGUUUGCUUUUUUGUUUUCUUUUUCUUUCGGUGGGGUAGACCAUUAACAGCUUUUAUUCUUUCAAAAUUAAUCUCCUUGUGAAAUGAUGAAGUGUUAAAUCAUUCUUCUACUUUCCUUUAUCUUUUAUUCCUUUGAUUCAAUCCAAACCCAUCCUCCUUAUUACUAUUGCACAUAUCACAUAUGCGACAUGUAGCUGUUUUGUUUUACAUACUAAAACAGAGCAUUCCAUUGAAAUAUUAUUUCAUUGUCCAAAGAUUCUCAAGAACUCUUAACAGUUUGAUCAUCAA